GAGGGGAGGACAAGGGGUGGAGGAGAAGGAGGAGGAGGGGAUGGAGAGAGAAGGAGGGGAAAGGAGAGAGGACAAAAUAUUCAAAACAAAGGAAGUUUUUGGACGACAGGAAAAGUUCUCGUAAACAUCCAGCUCUUACAAGGAUGGGCAGUCUUCCAAUCGCCCUGCUCCUCUGCGGUUUCCAUGCCCUCACAGCUGUAGCCCAAGCCCCGCAGGCUGAGGUGGAACUCCACAGAGGUGACUGGAAUGAAGAGGAGGCUCUGGUGUCUGUCUCUACCCUACCGCCUGACUGUAGGGAAGAGACGUACCCCUGCACCAGGAUGUACUCUGUCCACCGGCCCAUCAAGAGAUGCAUCCACUCCCUCUGCCUUUACAGCCUCCCUCGUGUCUAUGUGAUCAACAAGGAGAUAUGUGUUAGAACUGUCUGCCAACAGGAUGAGUACCUGAAGGCUGAGCUCUGCAGGGAGCGGUCCGGCUGGCCCAAACGCUUCCAGAGGUCAACCACCAAUAAGAAACGCUGUCACAAUCUCCGCGGCAAUCCCAAAACCUGGGAAAACAAGGCCUGAUGGGCCCAAGAUGGAGGAGUUAGAAGGAGGGGUGGAGGAGGAAGGAGAGAAGGAGUAGGAGGGAGGACACCCUUGGAGACAGAACACUGGGUUGUUUCCAUAAAAAGACCCCGAAACACCAUAAAUUCCCCGCUCAACACCUGGUGCUAGCCUGUGCCUUAAUACACAACCACAACCACAACCACAACCACACACACAAACAAUAUAUAUAUAAAACACAGUCCACGUGACUCCAAUUAAGAACAGUCUGAGUCAUAUUUCUCAGUUCUUCUAUUAGCCCUGUGUUUUAAUAGAACUGUCUGUGAAUAUCAGGGGAGAAAUCACUCCCCACAGAUUGGACCUGUGUUUUAAUAGAACUGUCUGUGAAUAUCAGGGGAGAAAUCACUCCCCACAGAUUGGACCUGUGUUUUAAUAGAACUGUCUGUGAAUAUCAGGGGAGAAAUCACUCCCCACAGAUUGGACCUGUGUUUUAUUUGACACGGAUCAUGUUCUGUGCCAUUGCGGGCUGUAUAAUACUGUUCAGAUGGAACGCUGUUGAGUUCCUGUAGUUGUGUACUGUAGAGACAGUCUGAGAACAAAGUAUCCACUCUGUCAUUGCUGACACCUUAUUGUAAAGCACUCUAUCACAAUCCAAUACCAAAGCAGUGCAAUACUACAAAGCAGUGCAAUACUACCCAAUAAAAUGUCAUUCAUUGG